AUGCCGCUCUACCAAAUGGUUUGCAUUGCUGCCCAUAACCAGGAAUAUGCUAGGAUAAAAGCACUUGUAUCCCAGACAGCCAGCCAUAUUAUGAAUGCCGGUGGAGUCGUACGAAAAAUCGAAUCCUGGGGUACACAUGUCCUGCCACAUCGUAUGCACCGCCACAGCGUCGCCCACAAACUCGGAGACUACUGGUCACUUCACUUUGACACUUCACCUCGUACCCUUCGCUCCCUCAACCGUGUCCUCCGUCAGGACCCCCUAGUCAUUCGUUGGACAGUACUCAGGCAAGGCCAGAAAAUCGAAGACGUCGCCGCAAAAGGCCGUAGUCUCAUCCACCCAGGCGAUCAGAUUCUGUAG